UGAAGUGGGUUAUAUCCCAUGAAAGCUUAUGCUCAAAUAAAUUCGUUAGUCUCUAAGGUACCACAAGGACUCCUUGUUUUUUCCACUUUAUAAGGAUAGAUUUUCAAAUAAAGAUCAUUAAUGCUUAAAAAUGUAUGGUGAUUUUGGGAUUUGGCAAACUUGAUGAAUCCCCAGAAAAUGCCUGAAUCCUUGAGAAUAAAUAACAAGAGGCCGUAAAUCAAAAUGGAUGGAAUUUGGUCCUUGUAUUUGUAAAAAUAUUUUCUUUUGAACUUCAAGCCUUUCUACUAGCUGAUCAGUUGGGGGCGGAUCAGCCCCUCAGACUGUUCAUCUCUCAUAGUACUAACAAGAACUGAGACUGUUCUAGGCCUCGGAUACCGGCUGCACUUCCUCCUUAGCUACGGGAAGAACAUGGAAGUCAGUACGUAAUAACAAGCUUUCUGUGCAUUCCCAAGCUGGAGUUGCAUCCUCCCUCAUUUCACAGCUCUCCGUGCCAAGGACUGCCUGUGUCUCUCCCCCAUCAGCCGGAAGGUUGCAGCCAGGAGUCUGGAUCCAGAGUGUUUCAUUUCUCAUUUCAGGCUAUGUUUGACAUCGCUGUCUCGCUCCCCUGAGGAGGAGUGGGAGGAGCUAGCAGGAUGGCAGAAGGAGCUGUAGAAAGACGAGAUGAGGGACAACUACAAGACUUUGAUCUCACUGGGCGUGCUGUCACCAAACUAGAUGUUGCAUCCCUGAUUGAACAUGGGGAAGAGCCAUGUGUCCAGGCUCACCAGGAUUCGAGGGAAAGAGACCUUUCUAAAGGGGUCUCCUUUGAUGAUGGAAUCAAGUGGAAGACUGAAGAGAAUCAUCAGCAGGGAAAUUCUGAGGGUUUGGCAGAGCACAGGAAUUUAUCACAGAGAGAGAAAGCAAAUAGCUCUGAUGAGGGAAAUACGUGUGAGGGUGAACGUGGGCCAGCUGACCAACACGGGAACAUAGGGUAUGAGAGCGUGGAGAAAUCCACUCCAAAUGAAAGACCUUUCAGCAAAUGCCAAAACAUUCCUAUUCGCACAGGAGAGAGACCCCAUAAAUGUACUGAGUGUGACAAAAGCUUCACUCGCCGCUCACAUCUUCUUCAGCACCAGAGAAUCCACACGGGGGAGAGACCCUAUAAAUGUACCGAGUGCGAGAAAAGCUUCCGACAGAGAUCAGAGCUGAUUGAUCAUCAGCGAACGCAUACGCAAGAGAAACCCUACAAAUGUGACAAGUGUGGGAAAAGGUUCAUUCGGAGCACACGGCUUAUUCAGCAUCAAAAUGUUCACAAUGGAGUGAAACCCCACAAGUGCCCCCAGUGUGAGAAAAGUUUUAGCUGGAUCUCCUCAGUUAUUAAACACCAGAGAGUCCAUACAGGUGAGAAACCCUAUAAAUGCCCCGACUGUGAGAAAAGCUUCAGCUGGAGCUCGACCCUUAUAAAGCAUCGGAGACUCCACACAGGAGAGAGACCCUAUAAAUGCCCUACCUGUGCAAAGUGUUUUGUACAGAGUGCAAAUCUUAUUAAACAUCAGAGAGUCCACACAGAACAGAAACCCUAUACAUGCGGGGAAUGUGAGGAAACCUUUUUGAUCAGGUCUCAUUUCAUUCUGCAUCAGAGAAUGCACGCAGGAGAAGAACUCUACAAGUGCGAUGGCUGUGAGGAGUGGUUUGGUCUUGUCUCGGACCUUCAUAAACAUCAGAAGAGCCACACAGGAAAGAAGCCCUAUAAAUGCUCUGAAUGUGACAAAAGCUUCAACAAGAGUUCAAAUCUUAUUAAGCAUCAGAGAAUCCACACGGGGGAGAGACCCUAUAAGUGCCCCGACUGUGACAAAAGCUUCAUUCAGAGCUCGCACCUGAUGCUCCAUCAGAGAGCACACAGGGGAGAAAAACCCUACAAAUGCCUGGACUGUGAGAAAAGUUUCCACCAGAGCUCCCAUCUCAUUCAACACCAGAGAGUCCACACGCAAGAAAAACCCUUUAAAUGUCCUGAGUGCGAGAAAAGUUUCAGCCGAAGCUCAGUGCUAAAUAAACACAAAUUAAUCCACGUGGGAGACCAGAGCUAUAAAUGCAGCCAGUGUGAGGAAACCUUCACUAGCAACUCCCGCCUUCUUCAGCACAAGAGAACCCACCAUGUGGAAAGACCUUACACGUGCCCUAACUGUGAGAAGAGUUUCAGUCGCAGUUCGCAGCUUAUGCUCCAUCAGAAAAACCAUGCAGCAGAGAAACCUUACAAGUGUGCUGACUGUGACAAAGGCUUCGUUUACAGCUCACAUCUAAUUCAGCAUCAGAGAACUCACACUAGAGAACGACCUUAUAAAUGUCAUGUGUGUGAGAAAAGCUUCAUUCAGAGCUCACAUCUCCUUCAGCAUCAGAAAAUCCACACGGGAGAGAGACCUUUUAGAUGUAGUGAUUGUGAGAGAACCUUCAAUCGGAGCUCCAACCUUAUUAAACACCAGAGAACUCACACCAGGGAGAACCCGUAAGAGAUGCUUCCAUAUUAACUCCACGCUCUUGACGAUAAGAGUAUUCACCCAGAAGGAAAAUCUUAUAAAUAUUCCAUGGGUGAGAGAACCUUCAGUCAGAAGUGUCAUGUUGUUGUUCAACUUUGUAUCAAACUGAAUGAAGGUCUCUAGGAAACUUGCCUUGACCUUCUUAUACUGGCAAGAGUUUUGCUGGUAUAAAUUAUAUCAGUUUCCCUAACAAUAUACCAUCCUGGCAAAUGGACUCAUUUGCUGAUAUAAUUAUGCCUAUGCUACAAAGCUUGCCAGCAGUUAUGUCUAUUUGAGGUGUGAUGUGUGAGUGAACAAUGUGCUGGUAAAAGCCCCUAGUGUAGGCACAGUUACAUUGCCAAAAUUUGCACUUUACCAGUAGAAUUUAUUUUGUUUGUGCGGGGACGAGGACGGACACUGUAAUAAACUAUACCAGCAAAAUGCUAUUUUGCCAGUAUCACCUGAGUCCAUGUUAGCAGCAGUAUGCGGGUAUUGUAUAUUGGUAUAAUACAUUGGUAUAGCUAUAUUGGCAGAGCCUUGCAAGUGUAGGACUCCAACACAGGAAGUAACAAAGCGUUGAUUGCCUGAAGUGAAUAGUUAAGCUCCCCUAAAAAUGAGCAAGAGACGCAGCUUGAUAGCUGUCCAUGUGCAGAGAAAGAAUAGACACACACACACACACACACCCCUGGUCACAAGAAUUGAUCAGAGCUGAUUUAGCUUCUGCUUUUCAGGUCAUGUAUUCCAUCAUCUGUCAUUGGGACUGUUCCGCCUGGAAGAGGGAGUAACUUACAUGGUCAUUAACUAUUCAGAUGGUGUAAAACUGGUGCGAGCUGCAAAUGCCAUUGAGGAAAGAGAAAUAAGUCAAAGGGGCCUGGGGGGAUUAAGCACCCCAUAUGGGUAGACAUCAACCGGGUAGGUAGAAAAAUGAAAACUGCUGCAUGUGGGCAAAAGUGAUGUGAAAUACAAAUAGUCACUGACAGAAAGCUAGCGUGAGCGGCGCUGACGAUAAAAGGCAACAGUAUAGAGAUGUGUGCUUUCGGGUGUGUCAUUGUACAGUCAUCUUGCCUGAGUCUAGCUCAGAAUAUCACUAAUGAAUUCGAGGUUGUGAGUGAGAGUCCAACACUGAGUUCUGGUCCCAGCUUUGUGCCUCUGUAGAAGAGAAAAACAAAUGUAAUUUUGGGUUGUAAUUGCAGAGGCAUGAGAUCUCAGAACAGCUGUGGAACAGUCUCCGAUAAGAAGUGAUGAGAUUCAUGUUGCUUGGGCCUUUUAACACUAGACUGGGCACAUCCCUGGAAAAUAUUCUGUGUUGGUUGUCUGGUUUGGGGGAGGGGGUAAUUCCUGAUCUGAGAGUACACCAGCAGGCUGUUGGGUUUUUUGUUCUUAAGGAUAAAAAAAACUAGUACAUCUUUGGAAUUAAAAUGGUAUUUUAUCAAACGUGUGAAUUGUCUGGAGUUGGGGCGGGGAAGGGAUGCUCCCAGUAUGCAGUGUCCUCAAAUGGCUAAGUUGCGUUGCCUGUGAAUUUAGUGCCACUUCGUUGUCUAGCAGGGCUGCCUGCCUUUGUAUCACCCUCACUAUCUUGUCAAUGCGCUCUGUCCACAGCUCACCGUCCUCAUCUCUCCUUGGUGUCAUGGUAAAGGAAACCUUGCCUCCACUCUUCAGUCUUCUUCUGCCUUUACAGACAGAUGCUGACACAAAUAUGCCUUCUCAUGUGCACGUGCUCUCUCUCUCUCUCCCCCACCCCUCAAAGAUUUGCCUGGCAUUCAGCCAUGAAUAAUGCUUCUGUCCAUGUGGGCAGUGAUGUGUCAGGACGGGGGGUGGGGGGAGGAGGGGUAGAAACAGCACAAGUAGCUAUCGUCUCAGUUCUAGUCUCCAUGCCAAUAAUAAUAGUGUUGCUUUUCCUUCGUUUUGGAAUUCCAUUCACAUGGGACCACCAAAGCUUGGAGAUGGUAAGAUCUUUUUCCACCUUGCUUCCCUCCUUAUAUAGGACUACUGUAGAAAUGCCAGGUUCGUGGUGGACUGGGAAUUGGGGAAGGUGAGGGAGGAGGCAGCUGGGAGCAGGUUAAGUUCAUGUGCACAACUGCAGGCUGCCCGUACUUGGCGAAUAUGAUGCUGAGGGCAGAGCAAGAUCUUGUUCAACAAGGCCAUGGGCAAACCGGGAAGAUAUUCUGCACCACUCUGUCAGGCUGGUGCCGGAGUGGAAGGGAACCACAAGCUAUAAGGGUAGAGCCAAGUGAGCUGCAUUGCCUUGCGACGUGCAUGGAAAAAUAGUCAUGUCUUUGUCUUCAGUUCUCUUAUGAUACCUGCAGAGCAGCACAACAUGCACUGCAAAAUCAAUGGAAUUUUGCAGGAAUGGCUCCAAGCCCAAGGGAUCAGAUAGCAAUAUUAAGGCAAUCAUAGCUACACAUUUCCCAUGUCUCUGUAGCCUCCUUUAGGCAAUGUACCUCCUCAAAUCUCAAGGCAGCUAAAAGUUGAGGGCCUUAAUCCAACUGUAAGCCCAGGUACUUUGUCUCUGGCGCUACAAUAAGCAUGCCUGCGGUGCAGCCGUUGAGACAAGUGUGGUGCCCCUGUAGUGGGUGGGUGGGAAGGAGCAGGAAGUCGCAUGGGAAGGGGGGUGAGUAACGUGUUUCACUGAUGGUUAUAGGAUUUGAUAUUUUAGAGAAAUUGCUUUGGCGCGUUUCCCUAAUGCACAACCACCCACCAUGGCGGUGCCCUGAGGGUACCUGGAAUAAAGCUGUUUAAAGGUUGUAUUUUGAUAUAGCCCCUAAUAGUUAUGGGUGUGAAAGUCAGUAGUGACCCCCCCCACACCUUCCUUUCUUUACAAUCCAGCAGCCGUUAUGGCUACCAAUGGCCAUUAGGGAUAGCAGGCGCCUCACGUACAUAGCUAGCCUGAACUUUUGAACUAUCUUGUCUCCCCUGCCUUGAGGCAGAGGAGACCGGCUCCAAACCGGUUUUCGCUGACCAGAUAACAGAAGUGCAGGGUCUGGUAACCACCAAUCAAGUGUUAACACGGCAGGAGUCUUUGUCUGAGUGCGUAUAAAGGAUCUGUGAAAUUUGUGUAAGACAGUUUUUGUACCAAGGUGCAAAGCUCUCCUUUCUUCUUCAGACUAAAGCAACCUUUUCCUUA